AUGGUUUUUAUAUUUAAUAAUAGGCGUUUGUGGAAAAAAGCUUCGCUUUAUUAUAAUGACACAGAUCCCAGGGUCAGUUAUGGACAUUCAACACCGGAUUCAAACUUUUUGAUAAGUCUAAUCGAUGACGAUGAUGACGAACGGUUAUCCCAAAGUGAAUUGAGCGUGAUUGAAGAUAAUGAUUUCAGUGAGUUUGAGGAGGAACCAGAAGUGGGAUUUGUUAAAUCGGAUCCAUAUCAUGAUAUUGUUGAUUUUCCCAUAGCAAAAGAUAUUAUGGUGGAAUCUCUUAGGGAAGAGAUUGUUUUUGAAUCUGAAUUACAUAGUCAAUCGAUUCAAGCAGAGAUGAAGGAAAGGACAAAAGAUGAGUAUGGAUCGCAGAAUCGAUUGAUUCAAUCAGAUACAAAAGAUUGCGCAAACGAUAAAAAGAAGUUCAAAGCGGAAAAAGAAAAGAACACAUCAACAACAUUCUCAUAUUCAUCAUCUCUGCAAUUCACCUAUAAUCAAAUACAUCAGACAUCAACGGUGAAUUUAUUAAUGGAGAAGGAGCUAAAGUGUCUCCCAACGAGACACAUGUCGACAGUCACAACACGGGUAAGUUUGGAUCAGCUUGAACUUGUAAAAUCAAUUCACGACAGCAGUGGCGACGUACUGGAACUCUCUUUCAAUAGUAAAGAUCGACCAAAACUUGCAAUUGCAUGUGUGGCCAAUGAGGAUCCAACUUACAACACCAUAGGAAAUUUAAAAUAUUGGGACAUCCUCAACUCAAAAAUAUAUUCGUUAGGUGGUCACAACAUACGACCAGAUCCGAGAAGACAAGAAUCUCAGAAAAUUUACAAAACGGUGACUGAUGUCAAAUUCGUAGCUGAUGGUAAUAUGAUGGUAUCGGUAUCAAUUGACAGUACCGUCAGAUUAUGGGAUACUAAAGAUCAUCCUGGUGAUUUAUUGCACACAUAUCCUUGUAAUAGCCAGAUCAAUCGAUUAGUGAUUGAUAAUUCACGGGGAUCUAACGAAGAAUUAUUCGCUACUUGUGAAAACGAAGGAAUCGUUUCACUUUUUAGGAUUGGAGAAUGGGAUGGCGGGGAUCAUUCAAUUGAAAAUGUGACAUCAUUUAUAAAUCCAGAGUCUAGAGAUCGAGUAGCAAGUGAUCUCGUAUUUGGUAGGAAACGAUCUGCUAAUGAACUAAUCGUUGGAUAUUAUGGGAAAUGUGGUUAUGGGGAAGGUGUGAUUCAAAUAUGGGAUCUUGAAUCAAGAGAUAUUCUCUCCAAAGUAAAAAUUAAACAGAGUGUGUCAUGUGUUACGAUCUCAAAUUGUGGUAAAAUUGGGGCGUGUGCAACUACCGGUGGAUCAAAGAAAAAUGGGAAAAAAACUAUAUCGGAGAAAGGUGACCGGAUGUUGUACCUUUUUGACCCACGUGCAAAUGAAAUUUUUGCCAGAGGAGAAACCAACGAAGACGAUGCAAACCUAGUCACUUUCUCCCCGUCCGGUAAUUUUGUUGGUGUCGGUGGAAUGAGCAAUCAGGUUACCGUCUUUGAUAUCCGUCAAAUGAAACGACAUCUACACCUCCUCAAGCAUGAACAAAAAUCCAAUUAUAAUAAUUAUGAUGAUCGCGAGGGGGUGAAUUCGGUGGUUUGGAGUUCUGGUAACGUCAUCAUGACUGGUGGUGCAGACUCAUGUGUGCGUGGUUGGGAUCUGAGGCUCAACGAACAUUCUCCGUUGAUCAAAAAUUUUGCGAAUCAUGAUAGCCCAAUAAUGGCUAUUAAUUUAUCCGCCGAUAAUAGGUUUAUGAGUGUCGGGGUCGCUACGGGUCGUACUUAUUUCUACUCAAGUGAUUACGACACGUUGAAAGCGUAUGAAGAUCGAGGUGACGAGGGGCUUACCCUUCUGAAAUGUGAUGAUUAA